AUGACGCACUUUAUCCACGAUACCCUAACAUUCUUAUCUUCUCCAACUUUACAACAUGAUCAUGACUCUUUUUUCGCUCAACAAAUAGCGAAUCCUCCUUAUUAUCUUGUUUUACCCUUGGAUAUCUUAUUGGCCCCAAGUCGCAGAAGUUUAACACAUCUGCCAAGACCCCAGAACUCAUUCCUUCUUUUUCGUAAAGACUAUAAUGAGAGAAUGCGUCUUUUAAAUCAUAAUAAAUCAAAAAAAUUAAAUGCAAAAAUGAUUUCAAAGAAUGCAAAACUGGAAUGGAAUCGACAACCCCCAAUUGUGAAAAACUUUUUCAAAGUUUUGGAAAGAGAAGCCGAUAAACGUCAUAAACAAAUGUAUCCUAAUUAUAAAUAUCAACCAAAAUGUAAACCAAAGGAUAAUGACAAUAAAGAUAAAAAUGAAUCUAUUUCGAUAAAUUCUGAAUUAUUUGAAGAUACUACAGUGGUUGAGAUCGCAUCAACCUUUGAUAUUAAUGGCGUUGCUUCCGAUGUUGACAUCAUUGAACUUGAGAAAUAUUUUGACAUCCAGGCCUACUAUAAUGACCACAAAUAG